UAUAAAGGGGUAGUGAGUGAUGUAUGCAUGAGUCCACUGUAAUUCAUUCCGAUGUGUAGUACUACAGUAUACUUGCUCUUCAUCCUCCUCCUCCUCCUCCUCUUCUGCAGCAUCUUUUCUGGAAACUCGGCUCAUCCUUUAUCGUGCCCUCCAACCCAAUUCUCAUGCGGAAAUUACACCUGGAAUGUUAGCUCUCCUUUCUUCACUACAAACUCCGCCGUUAAUCCAGGUUGCCGCGAAGUUCAUUACAUCUACUGUCAGAAUGAUUCACCUGUGAUCCAAUUUUAUAACACCGGAUUUGUGUACGCUGUUAGAAAUAUUUCGCUCCCAAGUAGAACAAUUGCAGUUCAUGAUUUCAACCUCAACUCUUAUUCUUGGGAAUCUGAUUGUGUUUUCCUUUACAAUUUUACGCACCCCAUCCCUGCUAUUAAUCUCACCCAACUUACAUUGAGUACAAAGAAGACGUUAACUUCGUUCAGUUGCGAUGAGAUAGAGAGCGACUACAAUCAAAAUAUUUUCGGCGACUCUUUGGGUCGUGUUUCGUGCAAGAAUUACACACUCUUCCUCCCCCAAAAUUCACAACACCGUCGUGAGAAUGAUCUUCCUACUUACUGUUCGGGUUUGGGAGACCUCUGGUUUACUUGGGAAUUGUCAUUUGGCGGAGAAUAUGAAGGUAGCAAUAAGGGCAACAUUUCUCUGCUCUCCGGCGGUUUCUCUCACAACUGGGAUCUUUAUCCAGAUUGUUUCGGCUGCAACAUAACUGCUGGCAGUAGCUGUACUACAGGCGGCGAUCCAGGAGACUUGGACUCCCCAUGCCAAUGCACUAAGCAGUGCCAAGAUGAUGGAAAAGGAAGGAAGAAGUCGGAAAAAUGGGUUAUAAUAGGUGCUUCAGGGGGUGCAGCAGCAGGCGUGUUAAUAUCUAUCCUAUGCAUUUUGCUCUGCAAGCGAAGAAGAACGAAAAAUCACUCUCCCUCCUCCAUUCACCUCGUCAGAGACUCGCGCUUUGAAACACACUAUGUUGACACUCAAUUAUGUAGUGCAGAUUAUAAGACCCACAUCUUCUCCUAUGCUGAGCUCGACGAGGCCACCGAUGGAUUCUCUCCCUCCCAAGAACUCGGCGACGGUGGCUUUGGCACUGUCUACAAAGGAAAGCUACGAGACGGUCGGAUAGUUGCUGUAAAGCGCCUGUACGAGAACAACUACAAGCGAGUGGAGCAGUUCAUGAAUGAGAUCGACAUCCUCUCCCCUCUCCGCCACCAAAACCUUGUCAGCCUCUAUGGCUGCACCUCCCGCCACUGCCGCGAGCUUCUCCUCGUCUACGAGUUCGUGCCCAACGGGACCGUAGCCGACCACCUGCAUGGAGCUCGUGCCUGCGAGCGAGUGUUAACGUGGCCAAUACGAAUGCAAAUUGCUAUCGAGACCGCUGAAGCCCUUGGCUACCUACAUGCCGUUGAGCCGCCCAUCAUGCACCGUGAUGUGAAAACCAACAACAUCCUUCUCGAUGCCGGUUUCCACGUAAAGGUCGCCGACUUUGGGCUGUCGCGUUUGUUCCCAACGAAUGCGACGCAUGUGUCGACUGCACCGCAGGGCACUCCGGGCUACGUGGACCCAGAGUACCACACAUGCUUCCAACUCACCGACAAGAGCGACGUCUACAGUUUCGGUGUAGUCUUGGCAGAGCUGAUAUCGUCGAAGCAAGCAGUGGACCUUAGCAGGUGCCGGAACGAGAUCAAUCUUGCUAACAUGGCGAUCAAUAAGAUCCAACGGAGCGAAUUGGCCCAGCUAGUAGACCCGACUCUCGGUUAUGAUUCUGAGUGGGUAAUAAGGAAGAUGAUCACCAUGGUGGCGGAGCUUGCCUUUAGGUGUUUGCAACAUGACAGGGACAUGAGGCCGCCGAUAAAGGAGGUGCUUGAGGUGUUGAGAGCGAUAGAAGGUGUGGCCAACAAGGCGGGGGAGGAUGAAGAGCUUGAUGUUGGUGUAAAGGAUGAUGCCGGAAUGCCAAGCAAUUCAGCAGCUUUGUCGCCAAAUUCCGUUACACACAAGUGGGUGAGCAGGUCCACUACGUCAAACAUCAGUGAGUAGGAUUCUAAGAUCUUAUUAGCGCUUCACACUGGAGAAGCUAUUGCCUUAGUAUAAAGCUUGUUUUAUAGCCUUAGUUUGUUAGAUGUAUGCCCUAGAAGCCAGCCAGGCGGACACAUGUAU